AUGCCUGAACGUAAAGGUAGCGAUAGAGACGCUAAAGGUAUGCAAACUCUAUUGGUAAAUCUAGGCUACAAAGUAGCAAUAGGCGACGAUUUGAGUGCAGCUCAAAUGAAAGAUGUAUUACAACGAUGGGCCGCCAAGGAUCAUAGUACUUGUGAUAGCUUCGUAUGCGUGUUAUUAAGCCAUGGCGAGCAAGGUAAAAUAUUUGGCACUGAUACCGACGUGGAUAUCGAAGAAUUACUUGGACUGUUUAGAGGUAAUCGUUGCGCUUCACUGGCUGGAAAGCCAAAGUUAUUUUUUAUUCAAGCUUGUCGUGGUACAAACUUUGAUGAAGCUGUCGAUCACAUUGACGGCGUUCCUGAUGAAUCAGCACUAAAUGCAGAAGGUUAUGAGGAUGAAGUUGAUGCUAAAACUCGACAAACAUUACCAUCUGAAGCAGAUUUUUUAAUUGCCUAUUCGGUUGUUCCAGGUUAUUAUUCUUGGAGAAAUUCUACAAAUGGCUCUUGGUUUAUGCAAGCAGUUAUUGACAUUUUUACUAAAUAUUAUAAGCAACUGGAUCUUAUAACAAUGUUAACUAUUGUUAAUAAUUCAGUUGCAACGGUCGAAUCUUCAACAAGUGAUCCGAGAUUCAAUAAUAAAAAGCAGAUCCCUAGCUGUGUUAACAUGCUACGUAAGCUAGUCUACUUUAAUUCAGAAGCAGUCAAAAAUCACGGUAUUUUUGGUUAA